CGCGCGCUAAUUGACUGCUAGGCCGCGCGUUCUCCUUCGGCAUGGACACGGUGCUGGCCGACGCGCUGCUCUCCCACUGCCCCGAUUGGGGCGCGUUGGUACGGGCGGUGUGCGGCGAAGAGGGAGCGCUCUCCCUCGAGCGAGAGGAGGCGCUGCGUUUCCUUUUGGAGCGGGCGGCGCGGAGCGGGCGGCGCGAAGAGGCGCAACGGGCGGCCUGGGAGCUGGCUCUGCAUCGCUGCCUCCCGGCGCUUCUCAGUGGGAGCAGCGUGUCGGGGGGCGAAGGCCCGGAGGAGCGGCGGCGACUGAUGAGAGCCGCCGGCGGAACCCUGCGUUCCUGCGCCUUGGUUUGCGGACCCCGCUUGGCGGAGCGGCUGGCCAGCGAGGCGCUGGAAACCUGCGUGGGGUCUGAGGGAUUGCAAAUGGAGGGCAAUGUCGAGGUCCUGUGCGCGGUGGCUCCUUGGCUGGAGGACCCCGCGCUGGUUAGACGAACCGUGGCGGCCGCCCUUCAGCUGCUACGAGGAGAGAGGGAAGACGAGCAGGAGGAAGAGAAAGCAUUGCUGGUGGGCGGCAGGCUGUUGCCAGCUUUGGGAAGAAACGGCGCCGCCCUGAGUCACGUCUGGGAAGGCCUGGUGCUGUCGCCUCUCGGUGCUCCUUCGCUGAUGAAACGGACUCUGCUGGUCCUGAGCGCCCUCUCCGACGUCCUGUUUCCCCGGCAGGACAGCGUCACUGGUGGCGAGACACCUGCGCUGUUGGAUGCGAGGCUUUGUUGCAACUUUUGGGAAGUGGUGCAAAAGGGACUGACCGAGAGCGAUGCUCUGUGCCGGAAAAGAGCUCGGUAUUUGUUGAAGCGAGCCGUGGAUUUGUCUGAUAAAGUGCUCUUGGAGUGCAGGUGUAGCCUGGACAAUGGAAAUGGAUCUUGUUUGUUUUGGUGGUGUGCUGAAAGAAAAGAUCAAUUUACUCAGUUUUGGGAAAAUUAUAUUUUAAUAAUGGAGACUUUGGAAGGAAAUCAGAUACAUGUUAUAAAGCCAGUUUUACCAAAGUUAAAUAGCUUGUACGAACUUGCAGUAUCAGAAGAAAAAGGCUGUUGGAUAUUCCAUCCAUCAUGGCAUAUGUGCAUUUACAAAAGAAUGUUUGAGAGUGAAAACAAGACAUUGGCAAAGGAAAGUGUUGUUCACUUUCUUGAACUCUGGCAAACAAAAUGUCUUCCCCCAUCACAAGGAUUUUCGGAGUUCAUUAUUGGCCCUUUAAUGGAUGCUCUUUCAGAAAGUUCUCUUUAUAGCAGGUUGUCAGGUCAGAUUAUGGGCACUUGUCCACCAUUAGGAAAAAUGCUGCAGAAUUUCAUGGCAACUUUCUUCACAAGCCUUCCAGAAAGAGAAAAAGGGAGCUUUUUGUUAAAAUUUAUUCAGAAGAUGAGCAAUAGGCACUGGUGUGCUAUUCCGGUUUUGUUUCUUUCCAUGGCAUUGAUGCAUAUACCGCGGUGUAGAGCACUGGAUAGUGAAGGGCUCCUUGCACUAAGAAAUGUUCUGCAGUGUACUAUGAUCACACACCAGGUUCUCCUACGAGGAGCUGCUCAGUGCUUUCUCCUUAAAGCAGCUAUACACUUAAUAGAUAUAGAAAAAGUAUCACUCUUGGAUAUUUCAAACUUCAUUACGUAUCUGAAACCAGAAGAGUCGCUAGGCAGAGGAACUGCUUUGUGGACAAUGCUUUGUGAUUGGUUGCACGUAAAUGACAAGUAUUUUCAAAGGACUUCAAACUGUGAAGUCCCACAGGACAAAACAGCAUUAAGUGUUUACGUGCAGCUUCUUGUGGAGGAUUACCUGAAAACACCUCUAAGCAAUUCAGAAGAUUGCCUUAUGCCAGACUGGUUUGAGGCUAAACGGGUGGCUACAAUGAUUUUUCUAGCUGCAGAUGUGGAAGAGUUAAGGCAUGCACAUAAUGACAAUACCAGCACUGAACUGAUUGGCCUGAAGGCUCUCCUAAAUCCUUUGCUGGAUGUGUUGCUGAAACUUGGCACUAAUCCCUACAUCUCAUCACUGAAAAUUGAUAAAAGCCUACAGCUGUUAUUGAAGCUAAUGCAGACUUGUUCAAUCAAAAAUUCUAGACCAGAAGUUGAUGGAAUAAUAAUAAUUCUCCAGAAAUCAAUUAUGCUUGCCACUGAAAGUAUUUUGGAUUUUCUCCUCAGAAGACUUACUGCAAAUGAACUAAAUAUUAUGUCAGACCUGCAGCACUGUAAUUUAUAUCUAGAAGUGUUGUCAGAGCUAAUGAACUUCUGUUCAGUCAGUGGAUGGAAAAAAGGACCAUUUCUCUGCACUUUUGUCUCAUCUCUAAUAAAUGCUUCUCUCUACAAUCUGCAGGAGACGUGUCAUAACAAGGACGUGAAACUUGAAGAACAGAUUCAGAAGGUAGUAAGUAUGGCAACAUUAAGGGUUGUUUGUGAAAUUAUUGAUCGGAAGCCAGACCUUCAACUUCAAUUUCUGCCAGCUGUUGAUGCCCUAAAAACAGCUAUUUCCAGUGCCCAACUUAACCAUCUGUUAAAGAAGCCUAACAACAUGGAACAAAAUAGUUCACUUGAAGAACCAGCAUCUCAUCAAGGAUGGGGUAAAAUUGUAGCACGUUACAUACAUGAUCAGUGGGUUUGUCUUCAUUUUGUUCUCAGCAAUUACCAAAACCUUUCCAAAGACAAAUAUUUGGAACAACAUUUUUAUGAUGUUCAAGACUGCAAAAGAAUGUUACAAUCUGCACUAGAAGCAAUAACAAUUCUUCCUUCUGACCAUGUUUUACCAGUUUUUCAUUGCAUGAAAAUAUUUGUUUCCAAGCUUUUGGAAUCUUCUGAGUCUCUAUGCAUAGAAGCUUUUGAAUUGGCAUGGAAAAUAAUAUUUUCUCUUAGCAACACACAACUGAUUUUUUGGCCUAAUUUAAAAGCUUUUAUUCAACUUGUGUUUGAUCCUGAACUUCUUGUUACUGCAGCAAAGUUCAAGAGUGAAGCAUAUUCAAAGAUAAAAGAGAUUAUGUUUCAGAUGAUUGAACUGUCAUCUACAAAGACUGGAAUCUUUAACGUUCUGUUAGGCCAUUGCUGUCAGUCUUGGCUAUUUCCUCCUCCUGAUGAAACAGCUACUGUGGAAAAUGCCUUUUCAAAUGCUGGCAACUACAUUGAACUCCUUAUAGAGGCUUGUUUGUUUGGAACUAUUUUCAGGCGUGAUCAAAGACUCAUUCAGGAGGUGUACGCUUUUGUCGAAAAUCUCGGAGAUCAGUGUGCGGCAAAUGUUGUUACAGAAAGUCAGAACAGAGAUGACCAUUAUGUGCGAGUUUGUGCUAUCAAAUUUAUCUGCUUGCUGGAUGAAUCAAACAUGCAACAUAAGAAGUUUAUAGAAGAUUUUGUCAUGAAACUACUUGAUAAAGGUGAAUUAAUGUCCAAAUCAAAAGUUCGUUAUUAUGUGAACUCCUUACAACAUAGAAUUGAAAACCGACUGUGGCAGACAUUGCUAGUUCUGUUUCCAAAACUUGAUGAGGAUCUUUUAUCAAGAAUCGUUGACAGGAUUCUUCAAGCUGGACAUAAUAAUAAUCAAGCAUCAGUAAAGUAUUUAAUAGAGUGGAUUAUCAUUUUGAUUUUACACAAGUUUCCCCAUUACCUUCAAAAGUUCUGGAAUUGCUUUAAUUAUGAUGAAGACCAAUUUAAAACUAGCAUUUGCACAUUUUUAGCAGUCCUGUCACAUUUUGACAUAAUUCUUCAGAAUACAUCUGAAAAAAUACCAGCUUUGAAGAAAGCUCUAAUUGUUGUUCUACAGUGGUGUUUCCAUCACAAUUUUAGUAUUCGGCUUUAUGCUUUAAUUGCACUUAAAAAAAUUUGGGGAAUGUGCAAAGCAUCACAUGUGAAUGAUUUUGAUACUUUAACUUCAGUUAUUGAAUGUAGUCUAAAUCAAGUGGAACUCAUGCAUGGAACAGGGAAUGCUAAGAAGAAUUGGCAGCGCAUCCAGAAACACUUUUUCUUUGAACAUUUUCAUCCACUUAGGGAUUACAGUCUUGAGACAAUAUUUUACACGCUGCCACGCCUUUCAGAAAUUCCUGAAGAGGAAUGGAUUUCUCUCUCUAAAUUUACAGCUUUCAGAGAUAUUCCACUGAGUUCAACAUUUCCAUCCUGCCAUUCUCAAACUACACUUCUUGACCUUAAGCCAAAUGACUGGACUCAGCAAGAUAUUGGACUGAAUUUAGCUGAGCCAAGUAAUGAAAGGCGGUGGAUGGAUGUUCAAAAAAAAAUUAUCCCUUGCAAAGCCAGUAUUCCUGAUUUGGAUCUGGAGCUUAUAUUUCAAGAUCGAGCCACUAAACUUGGAAAAUCAAACAGGAAAUUGAUUGUAGUAGCUUCACUCAUUGAUAAACCCACCAAUUUAGGAGGCUUGUGUCGUACUUGUGAAAUAUUUGGUGUUUCUGCUUUAACUGUUAGCAACCUCCAUUAUAUAAAUGACAAACAAUUCCAGCAUCUCAGUGUGUCUGCUGAACAAUGGCUUUCCGUUAUUGAAGUAAAGCCUUUUCAGCUGAUUGAUUAUUUGGAACGGAAGAAAAUUGAAGGCUACUCUAUAAUAGGGGUAGAGCAAACGGCUAAAAGUCGCAGUUUAACAGAAUAUUGCUUUCCAGAGAAAUCCCUGUUGUUGUUGGGAAAUGAACAUGAAGGAAUCCCAGCAAAUGUAAUUCAACACUUGGACACUUGUGUAGAAAUUCCUCAGCAAGGAGUUAUUCGUUCACUUAAUGUCCAUGUAAGUGGUGCUCUGCUCAUUUGGGAAUAUACAAGACAGCAGAUUGUCAAGGAAAAAGAAUAAAGACAAAAUGUGUAAUUCUUGUUGAAGCUGCUAAUUUGAUGGUGCUAUAAAUUCCGAAAUGAUUAAAGCUACCAUUUGAGUAUGAUUUAUAUUUUGCAUGCCUUCAUUUUUAAAAAUUAAUGUUAAAUGCCUUAAACCAUGACAAUAUUAAAAUUACUGUUUUUAAUGCACACUUUUUGGUGCUAGUGAAUUCUGAUUAUACUGUUGCAGACCCACCUCUUGAAAGUCUUAGAAGUGGCUCUAAAUAAUUACUCAUUUGCAGCAGGGUGGCUGCUUUUGUUGUAUGUAGUUCCUGCAACCCUACAGAGCUGUCAAAAUAUUAAUAGUGCAAGCUCCAUGCUAUUGCUGGUCCACAAAACUAUAAACUCAUUCCAUGAACGUAUUUCAUCAUGGAGAAAAUCUGUGUGGUCACUAAUGAGUAAAAAAUGACUCAGUGGCACAUAAUCAAGAAGAUACUAUACACUGCAAUAUUGCAACUUGGCAUUUGACAAAUCAGGUCCUUCACUUUGCACUUUGUCAAGGCCAUGGAGUUUUCUGGGAUUGAUUUCUGGGAUUUUUUUUUUAACUUCUUAGACUAUCAUAUACUCAUAUACUUUCCUGACGUUUUCCCAACCCAGCAUUAACUCAAACGGAUCGGUUCCAUUUUCUUAAAACUGGAUAUAUGUCUCUAAAUUUAAACUUUAAUUCAACAUAUUAAACAAACUGAUCUUCCAUGUAUCUGAAUUGGCCAAAAUGAAAUAUUUAAGAGUGCUGCUAUUGAUAACAAUAAAGAUCAUUCUUCUCCCUCUUUAAGAUGCAAUAGACAAAGGACCAUUGAAAUAUAUUAGACAUUCUAUUACACAGGGGGAAACAUAUUUGGAAGAGGAUAUUUGCAAUGAAUUUAUGAUACAGUAUUUGAAUUUAUACAGUUCAUUUAUUUUGACUUUAUUGAUGGUGUAGCCUUUUAGUGAUGAAAGAUAAGCAUACUUUCCUAAGUGCCUCUUCUCUCCAAUGAGCAUUUCAAAUAACGGAAGAUGGAGUUUUAAGGCCAGUAUGGGAUUUAUAAACAAGGACAACUUUUAAAAUUUACAGGACAUUGCCAGUGCUAACAUUUAUGUUCUUCAACUAUGCUGCUCUUCUGCAACUUCCCUUGUGUCCAAUAUUGUAAAAGUUGUCUAGUUGCUAUGACUUCUCCGUUUUCUCUGAAGGCAGAAAUUGUCCUGAUUCCAUUUGUGCUUUAUAUUGUAAAAAAUCUCUUCUUUUGUUAAAGUAUUUAACCUGUUUUGAAUAAGAUCACUUUGUUAGCAAAUCAACUGGCUCAUUAAAAGUCUAAAGUAAUGAAACUAGAAAAAAUAUUGUACCCAUCAUAACAUUUUAGAUUUCAUUUAUGUUGCUAUGUUGAAAACUUAAUGCUGAAUAAAUUGUACCCACAUC